AUGUCCUCCCGCGGCGUCCCGGAAGUCCUCUUCAAAAAGGUCGACGAGUACGUUGACUCUCUCGCACCUCAGAUCCAACCCCGCAUCACGACAGAGCUCGAAACCUUUCAGCAAAAGACCAUCGACAGUCUCGAAGAUAAGGUCGUCGACGCCUUUCGCUCCUUAUUCGACAAGGACAAGAAACCUUCUGAUAGUCGAAGCCUAGACGACAAUGCGCCCGAUGCCUACGGUGGCCAGUCGUUGCCUUUCGCUGACGAGAUUGCUAAGCUGACGCGCAGCUUCACCAAUAUUACAGACGAGGCGGGUGAUGAUUUAAGGGAUAUUUUUGACAUCACCGAGGGACGUGGUGGGGGAGGUGAUGAGACGAGGUCUCGUGGCGGGGGCGAUUCUUCUCGUGGUGGUGCGAAGGGUUUCCUUUCGUUUGCCAUUGAUGCUGUGCAGGACCAUCUCGAGAACAACAGCGGCAAAGGCUCUGGAGGUCCAGGUUUCGAACUCGACGGUCUUCUAGGCGUUCUCAGCGGUACCGUCAAAGACGCAGCGCGCAACCCCGAAGAGAAAGCCCGUCUCAUCAGCCCCGAGAUCAAGGAACAGGUCGGCGCCAAGCUUCGCGAACAGCACGCUCCCAUCGCCGAACAGUUUACACGCAUCGCUCUCGACCACAUCAAGCGCUGGCUUCGAGGAAAUACAAGUACAAGGGAUUUGGGAGACGGUGUCAAAGGCGAGAUUGAAGAUCAGGUCAAGGAUCUCGUCAAGGGCCUUGGAGGACUGUUUGGGAACAAAAAGUCUAACGAGGGAUCUGCGAGGGGCUUUGGCGAUAAUGAUCGUGAUGGGGAGCGUGCUGAUGGGGAUGGGGAGAGCGGGGGUUUCUCAAAGGUCAUCAGCGAUAAGCUCAGCACGGGAAUUGCACGAGUCCAUCGUGAAGUCCGUCUUGAGUUCCGCAAGAUCCUUGGUGGUAUUGAGAAACAACUCUUUGAGCUUCUGCCCGAUUCAUUCCAGCGUCCUCUAGAGAAGAUCCUCGGUGGUAACCCCUUCGACUCGCAGCUGGACCGCGACGCUGGGGGCUCUGCAGACCGGGGUUUUGGAGAUGACAUCAAGGCAAAGCUCGUCAACAAGAUCCGCGGUCUUGUACGAAAGGUGCAGGAGACCCUGCGCGAGAGUAUCCUUGGUGUAGUCAACGGUGGCCAUCGCAAGUUUGAGCGUCAGAGUUGGGUGUUUGUGCAGAACAUGGUGGAGCAAAAGGUGCAGAAGUACCUACCCAAGGUCAAGAUCUCUGUGCCUGACGAUAUUGGCAAUGAGGGUGUUAGUGUUGGAGCGCCUGCUGCUGGGAACCUUGGUGGUGCUAAUCACCCUGUGCCGGCUGAGCAGGGUGGGCAGUAUGGACAGCAGCCGUAUAAUCCUCCUUCGCAGUUCCAGCAGGAUCAUCGACCUGAGCAUCAAGGUCAGGAUUAUAGGCCUCAGAGUCAAGAGUAUAGACCUCAGCAGGGUCAAGAUUACCGACCUCACGAGAGUCAAGAGUACCGUCCCCAAGGACACGACGAGUACCGACCACAGCACAGCCAAGACUACAGACCUCAACACCAAGAGGGAUACCGACCUGAUGAGUACAGACCUCAACAGCAUCAAUCGCAGCCAGACUACCGCCCCGACCAGUAUCCCCCUCCGCCACAGCAGCACCAAUCUGGUGGGUACAACCAAGCCUACCAGCAAGACCAAGGGUAUGGACAGAACAGAGGAUACGACCAAGGUCAAGACCAGGGAUACGGAAACAACCCGCGCUACUGA